AUGUGGGAAGUCAUUCGUAACAAGUAUGAGGGAUACGGAGAUGGAAGAAUAGAGAAUGCCGAGAGAAACUUUCAUGCUAAUAGCAAACAUAUUGCCAAAUUCAGUUGUAAACCAAAUCCGAAAGAACAAGAUCCCAAUAGUUGUACACCAGCCAUUGGAUCGUUACUAUAUACCAAGUUAUGCCAGUUGACCACUUCGGAUAAUGAAAUUCUUGUCACGAAGAGUAUGAAAUCACUCCAAGAGUUGUACAAGGCUUCCUCAAAGAAUAUUGCUGCUAGUAUUCUCUACACGGACAAUCAAAUCAUUCCAAAUUUAGUAGAUUUAACCAAGAAGGAUUACUCGAAAGAAGAAGCGUUAAAAACUCUUUGUUGUGCUUUUAAAUGCAAACAUGGAAGAGAUUCCAUGUUACCUCAUGUACAGUCCGUUCUGAAUGAUAUUUUGAGAAAUUUUGAAAUUGAAAAACCAGAACAUGUGUAUCUGACUCUGAAAUGGCUCAAAGGAUUAGCUUUGGAAAAGGAAGCAUGUCAUCAAAUGACUGAUAGUGAGGAUCUUCCAGGACUUGUCAUGCAAUGUUUGGAUUACUAUCAAAGUAAGGACAUGAAUCCAAAAGUAAUGAAGAAUGGCCUCAAAUUAUUGAACCAGUUGCUUAAAGUUCCAAAAACUCAUGUUCUUCUUGUGGCAGAAGAUUGCAUUUUCCUAUUGAUUGAAAAGAUAUUUGAACGGUAUUUGAAUGGUAAUUACGAUGAAAAGGUUUUGAUUGCUCUCAUGGAACACAUUUCUCUAUUGAGUUUCUAUACCGAUGGAUUAACAAAAUGUGUUCGAUUUAUCCAACAAAUUAUGACAUUGAUGGAAACUAGAAAUUUGUCUCUCCUAUUGCAAUGUAUUUGUGCCCUGUCUCAUAUUACGAUCAGUGUUGAGGCUAAAUAUCAAAUAAUGGAAGAAGCAAGUUCAAUCAAGAGUGAAUUCAUCAGAAAGAUUACCCAAAUAUUUGAUAAUUAUUUAGUCACCUAUGACAAUCAUUACAUUUUCAUUAAUACUUUGAAAGUCAUUUGUAACAUUGCAGAAAAGGAUAGAAAAGCUUUGCGAGAUCUGGUUUCCAAAAUUGAUUCUCGCUUACAACAAUUAAACAAUCCCACAGUGGUUGAUGAGCUUGAACAUACGCGAGAAGUACUUUCAUGGUCACCAUAA